AUAAUCGUAUUAUUAAAUUAUGAUUAAACCCAAACCAUAAUCAAUUCAAGAAAUUUGUAAUACAAAAAUUGAAAAAAGAAUAAAUAAAAUGUUGGACACCUAUUGCUAAAUGUUUUAAAUUACCAAACUACGAUGUUUUCCUAUAUACGUAUUUCCCGCUCGAGUCAGAAGGAAACACAAAACAUAGUAGAACCCAAAUUCCGCCGUGUUCGAAGUUAAUUCCGGUACAGUUUUCACCAAUCUUCGCCGUGAGUUCCACCGGCUAAUUCGCCAAUGGCUCACCAUCCUUACGAUCCUUACUAUCUCUAUAAUCAACCGGACCCGACCUACAGUGACCGGAGCAACAUCAACACGCUAUUCAUCUCUGGUCUCCCUGACGACGUCAAGGCGCGCGAGAUUCACAACCUUUUCCGCCGUCGCCCGGGGUUCGACUCUUGCCAGCUCAAGUACACUGGACGAGGCAAUCAGGUUGUGGCAUUUGCCACUUUUUACAAUCACCAAUCGGCUGUGACAGCGCUUCAUGCAUUAAAUGGUGUCAAAUUUGAUCCACAAAGUGGAUCGGUUCUGCAUAUUGAACUUGCUAGGUCAAACUCAAGGAGAAAACAUAAGCCAGGUGGUGGAGCAUAUGUUGUGAUAGAUAAAAGGAAAAAAACCGAUGCCAAUUCUCAGGAAACAUCAAGUGAUGAUGGAGGCAGUGAACCGGAUGAACCAUCAAAAAAGGCCCAACAAAGGUUGAGUUUAUUCUUAUCUAAACAAUGCAGCAACGAGGCAGUGGUUACUCCUGCUAGUGCUAUAUCUGCUCCAUAUGAGCAUCAUGAAAAGAAUGAUGGAGGACCAUGCUCCACUUUGUUUAUCGCAAAUCUGGGUCCAAACUGCAAUGAAGAUGAACUGAAGGAAGUCUUGUGCAAAUAUCCUGGAUUCAACGUUCUCAAAUUGCGUGCCAAAAGUGGAAUGCCCGUUGCAUUUGCUGAUUUUGAGGACAUCGAACAAGCUAGCAAGGUUAUGGAGGAGCUUCAGGGCAGUGUUCUACCAUCAUCCGACCGUGGCGGCAUGCAUAUAGAGUAUGCUCGGUCUAAAAUGAGGAAGUCUUAGCUGAAAAGCAUUUUUCAGUCUGGUAGGGACUCGUUUGCUGCUACUCUGAAGUUAUAUUGCAUUAAUCAGUCUGGUAUCAUUUCCAGUGCUUGCAAACUACGCAUCAUAUCACCGCCUAAAUGAAAAUAGAUUAUGUCAUCAUGCACAUCUUAGUUAAAUUAUAUAGUAAAGUAUUGUGUGCGUGUUUUUUUUUAAGGAGGCUAUUCCUAUGUAGUAGUUAGUUAAUCUCAUAGUGGAAGCUUUCUAAGGAGAACCAGGAUCUGACUUGAGCUAUCUUAGUUAAAAGGGAAAAAGGAAGGAAGAGAGGAAAUUCUCGUGAUGGAUGAGAGGCAGUUCAUUUGGUAGCGCAGUAUAUCAGAUGUUGUGGCUCAAUUAAAAUCCUAUUGAUUAUUGGACUUUCAGUUGUUUGAAUUUGGUUUUUGGCGACCAUAAGAACAAGCAAAGCAACGAUGGUCCCACUCUAAGCUAAAAGACAAACGCUUCAUACAUACGUUUAAACCCUAGGAUGAAUUGGACUUGUAGUAUCUUUCAUUACACUCUUUGAUGGAGGGGCUGAUUUAGCCUCGUAUGAGGGUGUAACUGGUGAUUAGAUAGUAAUCGGACAAAUCAUCUAUAUCAAACUACGAUUGAACUUUGUAGCA